AUUUUGGGGCCCUCUGGAUGUCAGUGAGCAUGCGCGAUGUCGAGGCGGAAGUAAACUAACUGAUCAACAACACAAAACUGGAGAGUUGAUGAUGAUUUGUAUUGUUUUUUGGAAGGUGAAAUAAUAAAAAUUUAUUCGAAACAUGGCUGUAAAUGAAGUUGCUCUGCGGAAAAUGCUGGCUAAGAGUUAUAAAUACAGAGACUCGACCCUGAGGGAGAUCACUAAUGUGAUGAACCACUACAAAGACCUAAAGCCUGUAAUGGACAUUUAUGUGUUCAACGAUGGCAGCAACAGAGAGUUACUGAGUCUUACAGGGACUGUACCAGUGAGCUUUAAAGGAACCGUGUACAACAUUCCUAUUUGCCUGUGGCUGCUGGACACGUACCCGUACAAUCCUCCAAUCAGCUUCGUCAAACCCACUAGUUCCAUGAUGAUCAAAACAGGGAAGCACGUCGAUGCCAACGGGAAAGUCUACCUCCCGUAUUUGCAUGAAUGGAAGCACCCCGAGUCAGAUUUGUUUGGGUUGAUCCAGGUGAUGAUCGUGGUUUUUGGAGAAGAGCCACCAGUUUUUGCCCGUCCCACCACACAGAACGCGUACCCAGGAUUCCAACCUGCUGGUCCUCCUAAUGCCGCUUACUUGCCAAACACACCGAGCACACCAUUUGGCCAGAGUUACUCUCCUAACCCGGGAGGGUUUCAGGGUUAUCCGUUCCCUGCUGCUACAUCUGGAUACCCAGCCACACCUGGAACACAAUACUAUACUCCUACCACCACUGGAGGUCCGGCUCGUGACGCGACCAUCGGCGAGGACACGAUCCGUGCCUCUCUGGUGUCUGCAGUAAGCGAUAAGCUGCGUUGGAGGAUGAAGGAGGAGAUGGACCGCUCCCAGGCCGAACUUGACGCUCUCAAGAGGACCGAGGAGGACCUAAAAAAGGGACACCAAAAGCUGGAGGAGAUGGUGUCCAAACUGGACCAGGAGAUAUCUGAUGUAGACAAAAACGUGGAGCUGCUGAAGAAGAAGGAUGAGGAGCUCACAGCUGCUCUGGAAAAAAUGGAACAGCAGUCAGAGAACAGCGACAUCGACGAGCUCAUCGUUCCCACAGCACCGCUCUACCGCCAAAUUCUGAGCCUAUAUGCCGAGGAGAACGCCAUCGAAGACACUAUCUUCUACCUGGGAGAGGCGCUACGCAGAGACGUCAUCGACUUGGACGUCUUCCUCAAGCACGUCAGACUUCUCUCACGGAAGCAGUUCCAGUUGCGGGCUUUGAUGCAGAAAGCCAGAAAAACCGCAGGCCUCAGCGACCUCUACUGACCAAUAUGAAGCACGACACUUUUCUCUCUUUUUUUUUUUCCUUUCUUCUCUAUUAAAUAUCUAACCCUGCGAACGAGUACGUUAUCUACACCUUAUCUACACAGGUUUCACUUUAUACAACAAUCAGAUAUAACCAUACUGAUUAGUAUAGUGAUGCUGGGUUUUUUUUCCCCAUGCAUCUACCAUGCAUCGGGCCUGGACAUUGAUUUUGAAAAGUUUGCACACACACACACACACACACUUUAUCUGACCUUUCACUACAAUCCUAAGGACAUGGGAAUCAAGAACUGAUUAACACUGAUUUGUUUUUUUUCUCGCAUGCCUUUGAUUUAUAAAUGUGAAGUGAGCUUUCCAUACGGAUUUUUUUUGACGAUCGCAAUUUUUUCCUCAGACACUCAACCAUCUUCUCAGACACUUUAGGAGUCACAGAUUUCUUUAUAGUGAUGAACUUGAAGUAAUGACGGAUUUAAGAAGGCUUAUUUUAUAUUCGGCAAGAAAAUACAGUACAUUCCAAAAUUGUGUAUUAUUUUCCUUUUGCUUGAAUGCAUUGCACCAUUUAUUUGUAUGAUUUCUGCAAGUGAGGAAAAUUCAUAGAAAUACAUUUGCUACCCAGGAUUAAUUAAUCUCUGAUCCUCUAUAUGGACAAAAGUAUUGGGACACCUGACUUUUUUUUUUCUCCACACUGUAAUCUUUGGAUGAGGUUGCAUGAAUUAUGCAAUGCCUCUGUGCACAAAGCCAGCUCCAUGAAGAUAUGCUUUCCAUGGAUUGGAUUGGAAGAGCUCCUGCUAUAGAGCUCCAAAGCUCCUAAACCAAUAAACUUUUCACACUGACUGCACCCCAGGUCUCCUCACCUCACCUACAUCACUACCUGACUUUACUUUUAUGGCUAUCUCCAUAGGCAGACGCCAAAAUCUAGAAACAUCUUCCUCGAAAGAAUGAAGGUGCAACAGUUUGGGACUGAAUUUGGAUAAGAAAUGUUCAAAAAGCACGUAUGGUCAGGUGUCCAAAAACUUUUGGCCAUAUGGUGUAUUUACUGGUGUUUGACUCCAAAGGUGGUAAUGAUCUUGUUUGAGCUUUAUUAUUAAUAUUGUUAUUUUUUUCAUUCUACAUUUAAUACUAAUAUUAGUAUUUUUAUGGUAAAAGGAAUUCUAAGUUUGUGUUGAGUAUUUAUGGUUUUUGUAUUUUUGUUAUCGUUAUAUAUAUAAUUACAUACUUGAAAGUAACCUGAAUACCACCUUUACUAUAUUCUUGCAAAGGGAAUUUCCAAAUAAUUAAUUUUCCAUGCUUUACUACUACUUUAACACACCGGUGUGAAAGAGAUUGAAUUAAAAUCAUCAAGCUUGUGUAAA